AAGAAGAAGAGGCGGAGUCCUUAAAGCGCGAACGCGUGUUUUUCUUCCUGAACGCUCGCGCUGUUUGUUUGUUUGCGUAAUCAGUUUAUUUUUCGUUCUUCAGUUGUCGUGUUUUAUACCCUAUCGGUUUUUAAGAUGCCCAAGCGCUCGUAUCCGUUCAGCGAGAGCUUCUCCUCGCAGUAUAAAGUCCAUGUUGGUCAGAAAGAGAUCAAUAACUGCGGAGUUUUCGGACAAAAAUACAGACAAGAGACUUACGAAAAGACCAAGAACCUUCUCUUUAGUGGCACCCAGGCGCUGUUGGCUCGAGUCUGGAGGUCAGACGCAGCAGAGAAGGGGUCAGACGCGCCCGUGUCUGAUCUGACCGCUGUGUCCCCGGCUCCUGGACAUCAGACGCUUCUCAAAGGACAGACACGCAUCGGUCUGGACGGACGCUUACAGAGAGCUGACCCUGGUGCAGGUUGUGCAGCGGCUCCUUCAGCGUGUUGUGUGUGUCAGAGGGCCUCUGGUUCGAGGAAGGCGUGCUCUCAGUGCGAGCGUCACGCGUGUGCAGCGUGUAUCCAGCAGUGCAACAUCUGCUCUGAACGCUGCUGCUCCUUGUGCACCGUCACCGAUUACAGUGAGCGUUACGAGCGCGUCCUCUGCUGUGGCUGUUCUUCAUGAUGAACAGACGAGCGAUGACCAGCACGCCAGACAAGAUGAAUGCAUGACCAAUGAAAUCUAAAUGAGAUUACCAUUUUAUAUAUGCUUGCAUUGUUUCUUGCCCUUUCCCUCUUUUUAUGUACAUACUCCUAUGAUUAUUGAAAUAAAUACUUGACAUUAAUACUUUCAUAA